AUGUACACACUGCAGCAGCAGCAGCAGCAGCAGCAGCAGAAGGAACCAAUAAGGGAACAGCUGCUAGAAGGAGCAGCAGCAGCAGCAGCAGCAGCAAGACCAGCAGCAGCAGCAGCAGCAAGACCAGCAGCAGCCGCAGCAGAACUGGCAGCAUCUCUGCUGCAGCAGCAGCAGCAACUGCAGCAGCAGCAGCAGCAAGACAACUCCAGAAACAACAGCAGCACAGACCAGCUGCAGCUGCAGCAGCAGCAGCAGCAGCAGCAGCAACAAGAACACCAGCAGCAACAGCAGGAUGCACUGCAGCAGCUAAUACACCCAUGUGCCUGUAGAUCCGGGUGUAUGUACACACUGCAGCAGCAGCAGCAGCAGCAGCAGCAGAAGGAGCCAAUAAGGGAACAGCUGCUGGAAGGAGCAGCAGCAGCAGCAGCAGCAACAGCAGCAGCAGCAGCAGCAGCAAGACCAGCAGCAGCAGCAGCAGAACUGGCAGCAGUAGCGGGCAGAACUGCAGCAGCAGAUACAGCCGAGCUGCGCGACUCUAGUCUCUGCUGCAGCAGCAGCAGCAACUGCAGCAGCAGCAGCAGCAGCAGCAGCAGCAAGACAACUCCAGAAACAACAGCAGCACAGACCAGCUGCAGCUGCAGCAGCAGCAGCAGCAGCAACAAGAACACCAGCAGCAGCAGCAGGAUGCACUGCAGCAGCUAA